CGUGGAUGGCAAUGAGCAGCGUUUUAGUGUUAGAGCGAGGGCCUGGUCCAACGCAGUACCAGCCAGGAGCAGGAGAAAGAGAGAGGGAGGGAGGGAGCGCAGCCAAGGAGACCACAGAAAAACUCACCCUCUGCCCCCAAAUCCCCAACUCCGCAAAGAAGGCCGGGGACACAAGCGUGCACAAAAGCAUUCUUGGCGUUCACUUUUAAGCAAGAAAACACAAAGGGCCGGCGCGGCGAGAUCAUUUACUUCAAAUUGGACGAGAAAGGCGUGACGGGACAGCGCGGCCGCGGUUUUAGGACACUUGAAAACUCAUCCGCUGGAUGAAUGAUAGCUACAUCUGGGAGAAGAAGAACACGCAAAUAGGAUGGGAGCCACUAUGAGGAUCACGUGUCUGCUGUUUUCACUCAGCCUUUUAUGUCAGAAAUCCCACUGCGAAUCUUUGACAGCAGCUACCAGUGUCACCGUAAAAAAAGACGCAUCGGCACAAGUCCCGACUGCUUUACCCACCAAAGUGCCAACCGUCGCCAGCCUAACAACAAUCCGAGCUGUAGAAGCGCCGGCUACUGACAAAGUACAAACUGUGGCCCCGACAAAUGGCGACGCAGUGAAGGUCACGCAAGCCACGACCGGUUUGCCGUCGGUCACCAUUCCUCCUGUUGUAACAGCACCAACUGCUAAGAUAACGCCGGCACCCACGCAACAGCACCAGCCUCAAACAAACAGCCCUCGGAAUGUCCUUGUCUCUACUGCGCCACCCACUGUUAAGAUUAUUACCCUUGCAGCUGUAGCCACGACGGGACCAUCCAAAACCACACUUGUAGUUCCGACAACGGGUAGUGCAAAAGAAUCGACGCCAAGCAAGACCACCGAUGCCACGGUCACGCUGACGGCCAAAGCGUCCACAGGUGCCACCACGGUGAUCCAAAAAUCUGCCGCGCAGACCACCAACGUUGCCCUCAAGACGACUGAACAGCACAUCGCCACAGUGCAAACCUCAGCGACAAUCACCCAACAGAUGGUGACCGCAGGGACCACGAAACUGACUGGGAGCGAAAAGAUCACCACAGGGUUGUCCGUUCUGGCAUCACUUUCCCCCUCAACUAUUGCGACCACCACUGCAACCCCUACUGUUUCAUCGUCACAAACCACUAUGAAAAUCACAAUUACCGAAUCUUAUCCCAAAAAAUUCUCGUACUCGCUGAACAACGGACAAGAGAAGGAGGAAGAGAAAGACCUAGCGGAGGUGUGCAGGCGCCUCAUGGGCAACCUAAAAGAUGGAAACUGCACACUGACAUGGCGCCAUCAUAAAGGCAAACUGAUUUUUGACUGUGUGGAAAUAAAUGGCAAAGUGAAAACAGCCCUGGCAACUCAGUAUUAUGAGGAAAUAACAAAGAAACCGACAGAUAACAAAACCCUCAUUGCUAUCUUGGCCUCGUGUGGAGCUUUGCUGAUUAUGAUCAUCAUCCUGGCCGUGUGCGCAUCACACCACCGCAAGCCUUACAGCGAGAACCAGCAACACUUGACCGAGGAGCUCCACACAGUGGAGAACGGGUACCACGACAACCCCACGCUGGAGGUGAUGGAGGUGCAGCCGGAGAUGCAGGAGAAGAAGCUGGCCCUCAACGGCGAGUUCAACGACGGCUGGAUCGUGCCCAUCGACAACCUGCUCAAGGACGACAUCCCUGACGAGGAGGACACGCACCUGUAGAAACUGAAAAUCUGGCACAGAUUAAACACACCACCACCAAUUAAAUGGGACUGUGCAGUGAACUGUGAUGGCCGACUUCAACAAAAUUGAGGUGACAUAAUGUGCCUUUACAACAGGGCUUUAUAUAAAUGUUCAGUAUACUCUUUGUAGUCGCCAUUUUAUAUAUAUGAAUUAUGAGCAUUGUUCUAUGUCAAGGCACUAUUGUAAUGAUCAUAUUUAGUCUGACGACAAUCAGGCACAUAACUAUGUGCCAUUGACGGUGUUAGACGUCGAAUCAAUUUUCAAAAAGGAUUGGACGUCUAUUGCCAUCAAUGGCAGUGAGCGAGUUCAAACUUGCAUACAAUUUAAAAGCCCAAUUCAAAGCUUUGAAUUGUGGAACACUGUAAAUAUUGACUUGAGCACAUUUGCUUCAACAUAUUCAAAUGAAAUUAACUCCAACUUCACAUUACAGUAAUUCUCCACUAUUCAGAAAAUAGCAAGAACCACCAAAAUUGACAACCCUAUAAAGAUGUCCGAUUUCCUAAAAUAUUUAACAUGUACAUUUACCUCAAACUAUGAUCCCAAAUGGUUUAUCCCUUAGAUGCACAAGUUAUUGGACCCUACACUCUUCCAUAAGUGGGUCAAAAAUGACCCAUAUUAGAACCAAUGUGUUUUUAUGCCAUUUUGGUGAAGAAUAAUCACUUGUAUAUUAAUUAGUAUGACAUUUAGGGCCACACAAGAAAUAGUUCAUGCUUGAAAUAUCUUUGAUUCAAUUAAAAUUAAAAAAAAAAAAAAAAAAAAAUCUUCCUUGUAUUUUAUUUGGUGAGACAGCGGUGCUAAGCCCUUGUGGAGGCAAUGACCGAUUUCUAAGGAUAUUGCGGCUCUGUGUUCUGCCCUGGGUGGGAGGUAAUUCUCUCUAGUAAGAGCCCUACCAACUCAUUCUAUUGGCCAUGAUUUGGACACUUUUUUCUUCAGAGGACACAUAAGUUGAAUCUUAUGAGUCAUAUUGAUCCUGUUCAGUUGGAUUUCAAGGUGGACAACUGCCACUGCCACUUGGACAAUAGUCAGGGUCCUCAUCAUCAGAAAUUUCGGACACUUGAGUCCAACCCCGUCACUGCCUCUCCGUCAUCCAACAUCUGUAGGACAAUUUCAGUUGUAAAUCUAGCACAAAUCCAAUUUUUUCGUGUUUUUCUGACUCGACUGAACGGGAAAAGUCGCAUAAAAGUGGACCAUUUUCCACUUCGAUCCAGGUCACUUUCGUAUGUGGUUAAAAUCCCAUGCGGGCGACAUUUUUCCAGAAUGUGGCUGCGGUCCGAACUGUCAAGUCCCCCACAUUGGAAUUCAUGCUGCAAUUAACAUCAGCAAAGGGCGAGAGUGCCACAGUAGUGUUGCAGCUGUGCAUUAGCUUUAGCGCCUAGCUUGAACGCGGCUUUUGGAGAAGGAGCGGGCUUGACAACAGUCAUAAAAAAAUAAAAUGGGUUGAGAAUAAGCCUGACAAUGCUCAGUUUUCUCUCUGCUCCAAUGCUCCUGCAGGCCAGUUUGCUCAGCGCAUCUCCGACUGCGAAUUAGAGCGCAUGUGUGAUAUUUGAACAGGCUCAAUGUAUGCAAAAAAAACCUAUGACAAAAAAUCGGAAAUGUGCAUUACGACCUGCGUUAUGAACCUAGCCUUAGUUAGCUAGCUAGUUAUGGAGCAGGUUAAUUUGUUGAUAAAUAAUUAAGAGUCAUGAAAGACACACAAAAUACUAUAUGGACAUAAUACUUACUGUACACGUAUCAGCUCUUUCUAUUUAAAAUAAUCUUCUUAAGGGAUGUCACUUUUUACAUACCUAGUCAGUGUGGUCCACGGUAAAUUUAUUCCUGACAGACAAAGUUGAUAAGAAUGAAAUAUUCCCUUUGGAUUCCAUAGAAAAUGCAUGUUGGUCAUUUUUGACCGACUUGUGGAAGAGUAGGGUAGUGAUACAAAAAUGACAAUUUCUUCAAAUGUAUAAAAAGUUAAUCAAAAAUUUGAAUGGCAUUAUAUCAAAAACAUGUUUUUGAGGAAUACCUGGAAUAUGAAUUGAAAACAAUUUUUCAUUCCAAAGAUAUUUCAAGAAAAUAACCUCACCGGGUCAUUUUUGAACCACUUAUGCAUUUAAGGGUUAAUAUUGUAUCAGUCAUUAAAGAACAAUAUCCAUGCAUAUCAAUAGCUUACAGGUGAUGUUAUUUAGAAACUUUUUGUUCUGCUUCAGCAUACUUUUGUCACUUUCCUAUGUGGACAAGUCUUUGCCGCCAUCUGGUGGUAACAUAAAUGUGUGAAUUUGCCAUAAACUGUUUUGUUUUUGAUAUUCCACCAAAGUAUGUUAGCAGUAUUUGUAAUGUUUGUAUUUAUGUUGGGUUUGCAAAUAGAAGUGAACAACAGGGGUCUGUCACACUGGAAAUUGUAAAUUGUCAUGUUUUUGUGUGUGCAAAUAAAGCUCCCCCCUACACACA